UGGUUCUAUAGACGUGACCGUGACUUUUGUGACUGUGAUUGUGGUACUGUGAUCUUGUGUUUUGAUAAACUUUUAUAAGGUAAAAAUGUGGAAACUAUUUGUCAUCGCCACCGUGCUUGGGGUAACACAGGCUCGUCCUGGGCUAUUCUUCGCUGCACCUCUCCACGCUGGCAUCGAAUACGCUAACACAGCACCUGUAAGCUCUCACCCUGCUGUCGAACUGAAUGCAGCCAGCGAAGCCCUAUUACCACCAAAUCUCCUAAAGUCAAACGCUUUCUACAGCAACCCAUCUAUUGCUGCAGGGCUUGCCAAGGAAUCCUGGUUCACGAACAAGGAAAUGCAAGUGGUAGAACGCGAAGCUGAGAAGAUCCCACGUCAAAGGAUUUAUGAUAUUGUUAAAAAUGCUGGGUUCUUAGAUCAACAAUAACUUCAUAGCGCAAGGACUCUAAAUACUUAUAAUCAUGGCUUGUUUUAAUGUAUACUUUAUAAAUUAAAAAUGUUAUAGUUCUAGUGUUAACAGCUGCAGCAGUGUUAUAAGUAAUAAUAAUAAUUGUUGCAUAAUGUAUACUUCCACUGAUAUAGAAAAUAAGAUUGUAUUUAUAUCUAAAACUAACGUUAAUUAUUUUAUAGUUCGGCCUUCACUGUAAAUAUAGUGCACAUGACGUCAUCUUGUUUUAGGUAAUUAUUAUUAAAGAUAUUUUUAGGCAUGUAUGAAUGUAAAGUAUGAAUGUGUGUGAUUAAAGCAAUAUUCAUCUGUGAUCUCGAACAAUAAGUACAGUAACGUAAGUUAUUGUUUCGUAUUUAAAACUGUUAAUUUAUUCAAUAAAGUAACUGUUUUGUU